AAAUGGAUCGACUAUUAAAGGAUUGCCGUAAGAAGGUAAAAAACGUUGAAUAUCGAAGGGUGCUCCACUGUAAAUAUGAACACAAUGACCCCAACGAGAAGCACUACUGGAGGAACCUGAUAAACCAGGUUGAGCAGUUGGCAAAAACCAAGGCCGUACAGUCACGAGUAAGAUGUAUAGACCUGUGGGAACCGUUACCACCCAAACUUCGUGCCCGGGUUGCGAAAUUCAUUAAAAUACCUGCAGACACUGAAGACGAAUCAUCCGAGGAUUUGAACGACGUCGAUGAACCACCGGAAAUAAAGAAACCGCCUACGCAAGAACACUUCAAUGAGAGCACCCUAUCCCAGAUCUUGGAACAAGAACGAGAGUAUCGUCAAAUUCACCUCAAAAUUGAUCCUAGUCCUGAGAAACGAAAAAAGCCCGUUCCUAACAUAAACUGGAUGGCAGCAUACCUACCUAAAAAGCAGAAGGACCGUAUCAUAUGGAAGUCGAAACUCUAUAAGUUGGAUAGGAACAUCCUGGAAAAACCUCUGUUCGAACAAGCUGAAGAAAUUAUGGAUCGUGCUGCAGAAAAUUUCGCUGAUUGGGUUAACAGUUUGGGAGUUGGGGAGAAUGGGACCUUAUCAAAGGACACAAUCAAACAACUCUUCUCCAUAGAAUUAGCUGAGACAGCAUCAACGGCAAUUCACAUCGCACCUAAAGAGAUUAAGGCAGUACCAAAUGAGAUAGCGGUCAAAUGGAAUUUACCACAAAUGUCCUUGGAAAAACAAGUUGAGCAGCACUUCAAGAAGAAACGCGGCAAGACCAGUAAAAACCCGGUGACUGUAGCGUUUGGGAGAACAUUACCAGCUUCCAUGAGAGGAUGGGUACCGUCGGAUGCUGAUAGACAAAUGGAACCUGUUUUCCCAGAAGAGCUCAGAACAACGGAAAUUUUGUUCAAAGGGAUAUCGCACUUGCGCUCCACAAAAUUACUGAUCGACCAUUAUUUGGAGAGUGAAGAUCUACAACGACCACAAUAUCUUGUAGAUAUUGGUAGCUUUAAGCCUCAGGUGAAGGAAGAAUCCACGGAGCGUAUUCCAUUGUAUGAUUUACUUCGAAAAAGGACAAUUUAA